UUUACCGGAAGUGUUAGUCCGUCAUGUCGCCCAGCAUCCGCGAUGGAGAGCAUCGUUCCUGUCGAACGAAGUCACGAAGAUGUGGAGGGAGGAAACAGUAGAACAACCGAUGAUCAUCACGUGAGCUGUGCUCGUGUCGAUCUCUUACAUUAGCUUCGCGUCACUGAGCCAAGUGCUGCCGGAAGUGUCCGCGCCACGCAGUGAAGGACUCAUGCGGCCGCGCGUCUCUCAUCGGAAGGUAUCGCUGUGUGGUCAAUGUUCUCCCGCCCCGCUGCCGUGCUCGACAAACAUGAGUGAGGCGGUGGUGUCAUGACGUGUGAAGAGCGACUCCCUGUUGCGGCUCUCCGGCUGAGCAGAGGCGCGACCUGCCCAUGGCCACCGCGCGCCACUGGAAGCUCGCGGACGUGGCGCCUCUCAACUGGAGCUCCCCGGCCCUCGGCCCCCGGCCGCCGCGCUGCGUGAACGGCUCCCAGUGGAUCCUCUACCUGCUGCAGGAGUGUGUGGAAAACACCUGGGAGUACCUGAGCGUCGUCGUCGGACUGGUGUCCAUGCUGUGCUUCUUGCUCUCCACCAUCCCGCAGGUGUACGAGGCUCACCGUAACGGCAAGGUGGAGGAAGCCAUGUCCCUUGGCUUCCUCUUGUGCAUCUUCAGUGGAGACCUCACCAGCUUCGCGGGGGGAUACCUCACCUGCCAGUUACCCAUUCAGAUAGUUGCAGUGGUUUCCUACAUCAUCACAGACCUGAUCCUCAUCUCCCAGUUUGUCUAUUAUAAGAUCAAGAACAGCACCAGCACAAAGUCGCCAGUGUUGAAGUGGCUGUGCUUCCUGUGGUGCGGAGCCGCGACACUCCUGCUCAUGGCUUUACCUAAACUCAUCACAGACUCAGACAGUGUAUCUAUCGAUGCCGAGGAGCCAGGAGCCUCAAACUCAGUUGAAGUCAGUGGCUACAUCUGUGGAUACACCUCCGCUGCCUUCUACCUGUUGUCACGCUUCCCCCAGAUUCACAAGAAUUUCCAGCGCCAGUCCACAGAGGGAACCUCCUACAUGCUGUUCGCGCUGGCCAUGAUGGGCAACACCAUGUAUGGAGCCAGCGUCAUCUUGGUCCUUCCUGCGCUGAGGAGCUCCAAGCUGACCUUCAUCAUCAAGCACCUGGCUUGGCUGAUCAGCAGCCUGGGUGUGUUGGUGCUUGACCUCUUUAUAACUCUCCAGUUUAUAAUCUACAGGAAGAACUCCAGCAAUACAAAGGCGCUGAGCCAUGUUCCGGAGGUGGAACCACUGCUAUGUGACGAGGAGGAGGAGGAGCUGUCCGUCCUCUAGAGGCAACUGGCAUUUGGAGGGACUGUCUCUGUCCAAUCCUCUGGGCAACACACUGUUGGAGAAAUAGUCAUUUUUGAAAGUUGAUUUCCAGCAAAUGAGCUGAGGUUUUCAAUGGCAGCUGCAGGGUGCUUUGCCAAACGGCACUGCUCUGGAGAAAGGAUGCGCCUCCUGCUGGUCACUGACAGUUUUAUAACAGAUGCCUGUCAUGUGGUAUCAUUUGCUGAAGAAAGAAAGUGCCUUCCGUUCGAGUUUUUUGUGAUAGAUAUCUAUUUUGUAUUUCCACCCGUGUUACCAAAUAAGCUUCACGGGAGGACGACUGCUGCACUGCGGUACAGCCCUGGACGUCAGCGACGCUCUGCUCUGUGCUUAACUGUAAACAAGGUCUCAGCUAUAUAGAGUUCACCUGACCAUGGCGGUGGGGCAGCACGGUGAACUGACAUGUGCUUUCUACCUCAGCUGUGUGACCUGAAACGUAGUGGGUGGUGUGUAUGUCUUUUAAGCUUCCAUUUAAAAUGAAGUGACUUUGAUAUUAAUUAUUGCCAGGAAAUCGUUUUUUUCCCCACUAAGAAUACAUGUUUUAUUUAACACAAUAAUGUCUUGGAGACAAGACACUUGCUUCCACGCUUGGUAUUGUACAAGGAUUUCAUGGCUGAGAGGGUGGGAAUUGUGUGCAAUGUAGCGUUGUCUUCUGUGACUCUACAGACUUCAAAUAAACAGGACUGUAUUCCA